AUGCUUUUAUUCAUAGCGGCGCUAAUCAGCUUUGAUCGGUACCGCUGUAAACUCUUCUUUAUUCCCGCAGACAGCUCACCCUCAGUUACCGGCGACAAAAUGCUGCUCUUUCUGGCCUUUGUGCUAUCCUGCUCGAACUUGAUCGUUCUAGAAGGUAUGACUCCAUUUUCCAAACGGAUUGGCCGCGACGUUCUUGGAAUAGAACACAUUGAUAACAAGACACUCUUGAACAUGAUGGCUUUUGAACGCAACCUUGUGGUGUACACUUGUAAGAGAGAAAGAAUUCUUGAUUUGAGCAAAGAAGCCCUCGGCGUAUUGCCCAACAAACCCUGUCUAUCCGUACUGAGAGUUCGUGUGUCCCUAAUGGGCAGAAAAUGUCAGGUCCAGAAGCACCGACAACAAUUCUGCCUACUUCCUCAAGUCUAA